AGCCGGCUCUCCCCUCAGACGGUGCUGGUCACACAGCCGCUGCGCGCCGGAGCUCCGGGCAGCACCGAGACGGAGCCGCGGCACGAAGGGAACGGUGCUGAGGACAGCGGUGCCGAUGGACGGAGAGCGGCACCGGGACAGAGAAGGAAGCGUGCGCGGCCAUCAGCCACCUCCGUGUGGGAUGAGGGCGCUGAUGCUCCUUAUCCAGAGGAUUGGGUGGAUGCUGCUUUUGUGCCUCAGGGGAAACCAGAGGUCCUCUCGGUGAAGCACCGAAGCGGAGUCCUGUUGCUGAGCCUGGGCUGGAUGCCAGAGGUCCUGAGAGACGGAGAGAGGCAUGGAGAAUUGGAGAAUAUCCGCAGAGGCUCUGCCAUGUCCUGAAGGAAAUGGUGGAGGAGAAGGCAGCGCACGGUCCUGAGAGACGGAGAGAGGCAUGGAGAAUUGGAGAAUAUCCGCAGAGGCUCUGCCAUGUCCUGAAGGAAAUGGUGGAGGAGAAGGCAGCGCACGCUCUCAGCCUGUCCAGGUCUUGCUGAAUGGCAGCACGGCCUUCAGCCAAUCCUCCCAACUUCGUAUCAUCGGCAAACUUGCUGAGGGUGGCCAUUAUCCCCUCAUCAAGGUCAUUGAUGAAGAUGUUGAACAAGACCGGACCCAGCACAGACCCCUGAGGAACACCGCUGGUUACAGGCCUCCAACCGGACUCUGCAUCACCAACAACGACCCUCUGUGCUCUGCCAGUCAGCCAGUUCUCAACCCACCUCACUGUCCACUCAUCUAUCCCACACUUCCUCAGCUUUGUUAUAAGGACGUCAUGGGGGACAGUAUCAAAUGCCUUGCUGAAAUCAAGGUAGACUACAUCCACUGCUCUCCCCCUAUCCACCCAGCCAGAGACAACAUCAUAGAAGGCUACCAGGUUGGUCAAGCACGACCUCCCCCUUGUGAACCCGUGCUGACUACUCCUGAUAACCUCCUCUUCUUCCAGUUGUCUGGAGAUGACAUCCAGUACAAGCUGUUCCAUCACCUUUCCAGGGACAGAGGUGAGGCUGACUGGCCUAUAAUUGCCUGGGUCUUCCUUCUUGCCUUUUUUGAAGACCGGGGUGACGUUGGCUAUCUUCCAGUCUUCAGGCACCUUCCCCGUCUUCCAAGACUUCUCAAAGAUGACCGAAAGCGGUUCAGCAAUCACCUCUGCCAGCUCCUUCAGCACCCGUGGAUGAAUCCCAUCGGGUCCCAUGGAUUUCUGAACAUUGAUGUUGCCUAGGCGCUCCCGGACCACCUCUUCCCUGACAGAAGGGGGGUCUUCCAUUCCCCAGAUCCUCUCACUGAUCUCCAGGGUCUCAGAUUCCCGAGGGGGAGCUUUUCCACUGAAGACAGAAGCAAAGAAGGCAUUCAGUAUCUCCGCCUUCUCAGCAUCCCCCGUUACCAGAACACCCCCGUCACUUAGCAGGGGAGCCACAUUCUCCCUAGUCUUCCUUUUACUGUUAAUGUACUUGAAAAAACCUUUUUUAUUAUCCUUUAUCCCCUUUGCCAGAUUUAAUUCCAGGCGGGCUUUAGCCUUCCUUGUCGCAUCCCUGCAGACCCUGACGACAUUCCUGUAUUCUUCCCAAGUAGUCAGACCCUUUUUCCACAUUUCGUGGGCCUUCUUCUUUCCUUUGAGUUUGUGCACGAGCUCCUUGCUCAUCCACACAGGUCUCCUGCCACCCUUUCCCGAUUUCUUCCUCACAGGGACGCACCGAUCCUGAGCUUGGAAGAAGAGCUGCUUAAAUGCUGACCAGCUCUCACAGGCCCCCUUGCCUUCCAACACCCUAGCCCAUGAGACAGCUCCAAGUAGGCCCCGAAAGAGAUCCAAGUUGGCUCUCCUAAAGUCCAGGAUAGCAAUCCUACUUUUUGCUUUACUUCUUCCACUCAGGAUCUUGAACUCCACCAUCUCGUGGUCACUACAACCCAAGCUGCCCCCGACCUUUACUUCCCUGACAAGCCCUUCUCUAUUAGUGAGAAUAAGGUCCAGCAGUACCCCUCUCCUCGUCGAUUCCUCAACCACCUGCAUCAGGAAGUUGUCUUCAACACAUUGCAGGAACCGUCUGGACCGCGCAUGCCUGGCCACAUUGCUUUUCCAGCAAAUAUCUGGAUGAUUGAAGUCCCCCAUAAGCACCAGCGCCUGGGAUCGUGACGCUGCUUCCAACUGUUUGUGGAAGGCCUCAUCAACCUCCUCCUCCUGAUCAGGAAGAUCAAAA